GACUUACCUACACAGCGGUCGAGUGAGCGGCACAACUCUACCAUCGGGCCAGGUGCCCAACAGACUUACUUCAACGACGCAAGAGACAGCGGCAACACGAACGGCAGCUGGAAUACGACAAUCCGCAACAACACGGAAAACUUUAGUAACAGAGUGAACAAUUUCCGAUCAGAAGGGCUGACGGUCGUUGGUUUGCGGCUAACUCGUACUCCUGAGCUGCCACAUCGUGCAGGGCAACCGUUCGACUGACAGUCCGGCCCGCACCCGUUCAGGAAACGCCACAACGGUUGACUACACUCCACUGAACAAAUCCACAGAGAAGGGUGUUUCCGGACCCCUCUUCAAGCCACCCUUGUGGGCGAAUCCGGGCUUCGUCAGGAGAAUGGAUGCCCUAGGCCAACUCAGAUGGCUAUUAAACAGGGGAGGGCAACGACGGGCUGCAUUAUACGGGCUGGGAGGUGUUGGGAAAACUACGAUUGCGGUCGACUUCUGCCACCAGAGAAAGAAAUUACAGCCUGACGACCACAUCUUCUGGGUGCACUGCGACUCACAUGAGGCCUUCAAGCACGGCUAUCUGGAGAUUGGGUGUCAAGCCGACAUCUUAGGUGAUCCGGGCGCCACUCGCGGUGAAAGCGGGUUAAUGGGCGUCAAGAAUUGGCUGGACAAUCCUGCCAGCGGCAACUGGACCAUGGUCAUUGACAACUUCGACGAGGUCGACUCCUACCCGACGAGGUACCUUCCCGUCGACCGAGGCGCGAUCCUGUUUACAACUCGCGACGGAACCCUCGUCGGAAAUCCUGCUGGGUAUGUGCCCACUGGCGCUGGUGUCGACGUCAACGAGAUGAGCGGCAGUGAAGCAAUGGAGAUGUUAUCGAAACUGCUGGGCCUCGUUGGAACCGAUGCUUCACUCUACUCUUCGGCUGCUUUCAAGCACAUAAAUAUCUUACAGAAGCUCCCUCUGGCGAUAGCGCAAGCGGCUGCGUGCAUCCGAGCAACCCGAAUGACCAUCCCAGACUACCUGGAGUUGUUCCAGAGAUGCGAUCGCCACCAGCACGAGCUCCUGGAAGUAUCCCGCGAAGAGCCCUUGGAUCCUGCCGAUCAAGGCUACGCCCGCCGGGCCUGCCCCCUCCCGGUGAUGACGACUUGGAAGCUUACCAUCGACCGAAUCCAGUGUAACAACCCUCGCUCCGUGCAGCUGCUCGAACUCAUCAGCUUCCUCAGCCUCGACGACAUACCGGUGAAACUACUGCGGGACACCCUGCACCUCCGUGACCAGAGCGACGUGCAGUUCCACAUGGCCUUCGCCCCGCUUCUCAGUUUCUCGCUGAUUCACCGCCUCGAAUCGUCGAACUUUCGCAUGCACAGUCUCGUCGCUUUGUGCAUCCGCAAUCGAAUCGCGUCGGACAACAUCCAGCGGAGGGAUUGGAUUCUUGGUAGCCUCUAUGGUCUAUUGAGCGAUGGUUUCCCGCGGGGCAUGCUAGGCAAUCACAUUCAGUAUUUGCACCUGGCCACGCAUGCGGCCGUCGCACUCGGGCAUCAACAGAGCAGUCGCCAUAGCUUCGGGUUCAACACGUUGCUACCGGAUAUGCUAGCCUUCUUUCUAAUGAACAUUGGGGAUGCCGCGGGUUGCUUGCUAUGGUAUCAGCGGAUACUAGACGGCGAAACAAAGGUCCUAGGAGCCGGCCACCUGAAGACUCCAGAUACCGUCCACAACAUCGCCGUCCUCUUCGAGAUGUAAGGGGGUCAUCGCACCGCCUUGGAGUGGUCCCAGCGAGCGCUCGCCAGGAAAGAGAAAGCGCUUGGGAUGGACCACACCAACACACUG